UUGCCACGAUUUACUCAUAUUGGAUUAUAUUCAAAUAGUAAAUAAUAUAAUAGUUAUAUUCGAUUCAAACAGUUCAAUACUUGGAUUUUUUAAUUUGCAAUGCACAAAACGAGGUUCCUUGCAAUUUCCAUUUUUUCGCAUGGGAGAUAUGGAAUGUUGCUAUAUCAAUAAAUCUAAUCGAUCUGUCAAAAACAAAUGUGAAAUGUCAAAUUUGUUAACCUCCCUAAAGAAAACAAAACAAAAGAUUAUAGCUUUUAGAGAUGGAUAAUAUUGUUAAGGAAUUAGGCAUAAGCAAUAAGAACAUAUUCACUACUGCCUCAGCAAAUUUGUUCAGCGUUGUCGUGCACAGCAGUUGGCUUAAGAAAUGGCUGAAGAACUUAGAAGUAGAUAACACAGUGAACAAUGUAGAUUUCGCACUACAAGCUGGUGAAAGUGUUCCUUAUCCCUGGCGAACGAUAUUCAUUAGGGUAUUAAAUAAAAAGGUGUCCAAGGUACUGCCCCUUCCUCGUUACAAACUUCACGAAACCAACCCAGAAACUCCCCUAACUUUCUCGCAGCUACUCCAAUAUGUCUCACAGAACAACCACAGAAAUUUAUGGAAGGAGGCAUAUAAGAAAUAUUAUCAGAAUAAUGAGAAUUUAAAAGAGAGUGCUAUAGUGAACUUACUGGAGCAUGACCAACUACUGUCGGAGGUGCUGCUGCGGCUGUAUGGCUGUAACAUAAUUAGGAUAAAGAGUGACGGCUCCGGCAAGAUCACAGAGUACAAAGAAAUCAUUCCUAACAAACAUGUUUCCAAAUCUUAUGAAACCCAUGUCAAUUUACUAGCAGCUAUGUUCAUAUUAGAGACUGAUAAUAACUACUACAUAGUAUACAGAGGCCACUAUGAAAACCACUUAUUAGACUGUUUAAAUUUUAGCCCAAAUCUUAUAGACAUGAAUUAUGGGCGGGGAAUGUUCGUAGUGUAUCAACUGCUGAAUGUUUUUAAAGCUAUGAGCGACCGAGGGCUGAGUCUGGGUACGCUGUCAUUGCAAGAUAUUUAUUUGACCGAGAAUAUGUGGCUACAGAUACUGCCGGCUGUUACAAAUAACAUUCACAAUCUGGAUGCUUCUUUAAUCUAUGAACAGAACAGAAAGCAGGUUACACCUGCUACAAGUCAGGGGAAGUGGGGGGAAGAGUGGGGGAGAAAUGAGGUGGUGCAGUUUGAGAAGCUGUGCAUGCUGUGGGUGCGGGGCCGGAUAUCGAACCUGGACUAUCUGCUGCACUUGAACACCCUGGCCGGGAGAUCGGCCAAUGACCCACAGGCACACUUUAUGGUGCCAUGGGUCACAGAUUUCUCGUCUAGAUGUGGCAAGAAUUGGCGCGACCUCAGCAAGUCAAAGUACCGACUGAACAAAGGCGAUCGGCAGCUAGAUCUGACGUAUGACGUCACCUGCGCCGAGCAGACACCCCAUCAUGUGACAGAUGCCCUAUCUGACAUCACCUGCUACGUCUACCUAGCGAGGAGAACCCCAAAAGAGAUUCUCUGCAAGCACGUCCGCAACAAAUGGGUUCCAGCGGAGUAUCCAGGAUCCAUCCAGCGUAUGCAGGAGUGGACGCCGGAUGAAUGCAUUCCCGAGUUCUACACGGACCCUGCUGUGUUUCGAAGCAUACAUGAGGAUUUACCAGACCUUGGCUUACCCUCGUGGGCCACCUGUGCUGAGGACUUUAUCACCAAGCAUAGAGAGGCCUUGGAGAGCGCACACGUCUCCGAGAACCUUCAUCACUGGAUCGACAUCACUUUUGGAUACAAGAUGUCCGGACCAGCAUCAGUAAAGGCGAAAAAUGUAUGGUUGUCGCUAGUGGACGGCCAUACGACGUUGCGACGGGGCGCGGGGGUCCAAGUACUGUCGGCGCCGCACCCGCCGCGCGCGGCCCGUUCUGCCCGACCCUCCCCUCCCGCUUUACAUUGGACCAGCCGAAAAUCCAUAAAGGCUGACAGUUCAGACGAAGCGUCUGACGACGAAGAGGAAUCCCAGCACCUCCCGCAGCACGUGUCCCGCCUCAGCGUGCCCGCGCGCGUGCGCCGGCACCAGAGCACGAGCCGCGCGCGCUCGCACAGCAAGGGCGAGGAACAGUCCAGCAGCAUCGACAGGUCCGCACAUUCCAAGCACUACCGGGUCCAAAGAUCAGAGCUAGGCAAAGGCGUCAUCUACCUCCCUAAAGAAUUCAACCCGGUCGCGUCCAUACAGGCCCUUGAGGCCCUCGACAACUUCAGAACCAACUCCUUCUUCUCAAAAGCCGAAGAGAAAGAGCGUCAUAAAAAUGUCAACACUUUAAACUUGGUCGCUGUUGACAGAAGUGAAACGGUCACUUCCAAAGAUGACGAUACUGCCUUCACGAACCACAUGUUCUUGUACGAUCAGGGUUAUACAACGAAGUUCAACGAUGGACACUUAGAUGUUUUGAAGGAAAGAAAGAAUAGGAGUUUUAACACUCGAUACACCACCGAUGCGGCAGUUUAUAAGCAGUUUGUGACGGAAAGCAGGAGACAAGACAUGCUGGUCUUAGGCUGUCUCAUAGUCGAGAUAUUUAUGCAUGUCUACAUGCGACCUUUGAGGACGAAUAGCGGGAAUUUUAUAGAGCGCUAUAACAGCUGCAGAACGGUCUUAAAGCAUAAUUUUGGCGCAUUGCCAAAGUGCGUUAGCUAUGUGGCCUCUUUGCUUUUAAAUGUAUCGCCACCAAGCUUGAGUUUCAAGAACGAAAUGAGCGCGAAGAAAGACGAACCGUUAAAGAAGAUCAUAGUGACAGACAAAGGUCUGCCCCCACCGACGCCAUCUCAACUGUUGCAGCCACUCUUAUCGCAACAUUUAAUCCCCUUCCCACCAUCCUUCAACACCCUCUAUAAGCUCCUAAGCACUCUUCACGAAUACGAACUUGCGGCCAACGACUUAAACAUCCUGUACAUGUACGAUUGUGACGGCAUACAGUGCGAGAAAUAUCAGAAUGUCGACAAAACUAAGAUGUAUUUCAGCCAAAGAAUAGCUGAAGGGAAAGUCCAAGCGUGCGCGACGCAUUUAGACGUGCUGCUUAACCAAGUGACUUGUAACAACCAGUUCGAUGUCCUGGAUAUCUUCUUGACGCACUACAUAGAGUUGCUUCAGAAUAAGGAUACUUCAGUGCUCGCGGCCUGGUAUCUGUUUGACACGAUGAGCAAAGCUCUAGGCCCGGCAGAGACAAGGAGCAAACUCCUCAAACAUAUACUGAAUCUUUACGAGGACGAUGAAUUUGUCGUUGACAAGCCAGACCAACACAAACUGACCGACUCCGACCCAGUUUCCACAUCAGGACUUGCCAGUAAGCAGAAGUUUGUCAAGCUGUACCAUCAUAUCUUCCUUCUCCAACUCAUGGUCAGACUAGGCCUGCAAUGUUUCCUCGAUAACUUCACUCAGCAUCUAGUAGAAGCCGUCGGAGGAUACAAAGAUGUAACGACAGAAGUCGGCUCUCCAGGACAUUUAUGCCAUCACCGAUCCAUGGCUAAUAAAAAACCUAGGUAUUCCGACGACAACCUAAAAAGCGCGCUUUCGAAUACAGACAUAUUCUCUCCGGACACUUCAUACGGUUCUGAACACGUGAUGACUCCUAGCGUUGAUAAGAUGGAGAUGAAUGAUUCUAAAGAGAAAGACGCUGAUAACAGAAGCGAGAAUGAUUUAUUUCACUUUGAAACAGAUAAGGAAAGAUUACCAAGUCGCAGCAGCAGGAGUAAAUCUCCUGCAGAUUCCAUGGAUUCAUACACUUUGAAUGUUAACCAUGAUAGUAACAUGCACACACCGUCACCCUCAGCAGAAGUAUUCGCAAAGGACUUCAGUCCUUCCACUAGUAGACCCCAAAAAGAACUUAAUGUCCUAAUAACUAAAGACGAAACUCCAACGCAAGAAACGCCAACCAGAGGGCCAAUGUCGCCUACGAUAGAUAUCCCUAAGAAGAUGUUCACAAGCUACUUACACUUCGCUGAUGAUGACAAGGGAAAUGAUGCUCACGGCAGAAGGAUAAAGAGUUUAGAUUUGAAUAGACAAGAUGCGUCACCGAAAAGCAUAGGGGAGGAUUCUCAAGAAGAUGAACAGAAUGUGUGUAAGAUUUCCGACAUGAGUUCAGAGAGUUUGAUCUGGUUGGCGCAUAGGUUAGGUCCAGUAUUGACUUGUAGGUACAUAACUCGAAACUUGCUGAAGAUGUUGACGCUCUGCUAUAUCGGGAAGGAUAACUUGGCGCCUUGGGAAGGUGAUGGUCAGGAUGAGUUCGAUGAGAUAUCGAUAGCGAACAGCAAGGUGGUGGGGGACAGGAACGCUGCGAAGGUGAUAAAGUGCCUCACUACCAUCGUUGCCAUGUACGGCGAACAACUAAUCAUCUUCCAAUACCUGCCUCACAUGGGGGAGCUGAUAGCCUCAUGUCGAAGAAGACUGUCCGCGCCACUAGAGGGCGGCGCUGUGGCCUGUCUACAACUCGUCAAGUACUUGGUGCCUUACAUGUGCGAUGCCAAGGUCAUGGAGCAGUUACAGGACACGUUCCUGAAGAUGAUCCUGCAGCCGGCGCUGCGCCUGGCGUCGACGACCCGCACGGCGUGCCCGAGCGGGGCGGGCGCGCGGCGCGCGCUGGCGCGCAAGCUGCUGGACGCGCUGCACGCGCUCGCGCUGCGGGUCGGGCCCGAGAUGACGAGGAGGCAUCUGUGCGUGCCCGCGCUGCAGAGAUUUUUCUUAGCUUUUGACAAAGCGACGGGCAAGUUGGACAACUGGCCGAAACAGGACGAGUCGACUGUGGAAAAGGCUGAAACCGAAGCCCCUGAAAGCAAAGAGGGCUUCCUAGAGAUCUGCCGCGACGGCACCACGGCCGAGUGGACCGUCCGCGACGGCCGCGUCCUCCGCGCCGACCUGCCCGACUUAGCCUGCACUCCCCCCGACCUGGCCGACCGACCACCCGACGCCCAAGAAGAACUACUAAUAGUGUUCAACGAAGAGUUGGCGUACCAGGCGUACAGUACGUUCGCACGGUUCAUAGGAGCCGAGACCAUCGAGCGGUGUCUGAAGAACAGCGACACCAUUCGAGCGCUCUGCAGGAAGUACGAGCGAAGCGCUUCGCUCACAGUCAGCUCGCCACUCCGCAGCCGCGUCCAGUCCUCGUUGAGCGACGAGCCAAUCAGCCGCAAGAUAGACAUUCCUCCGCGGCCUGAACUCGAACACAUGUCAAGUUCCAACAGCUUCGGCUCGAAUGUCACUCUAGUCGGCAACAGGAUUGACGUAGCCGCCGUCGAAGACGCCAGAGCGCAGUCGUCGCAGCACGACGUGGUGGCGUACAAGAUGGACAACGGCGUCAAGACUAACAGGCAUCUCCGCGGCGACUGGCUCAUAUACUGGGAGCACGAAAUCGGGCGUCCAGACAAAGAAUCCCGUUUCAACCUGAAGCAGAUAAAGUUGCAGACAUUUGCCGGCCACACGCAUUCCGUCAAGUCCAUACACUGUCUGGAUAACGAGCAUAGCUUCAUGAGUGGGAGUAAGGACAAGACUGUACGGCUGUGGUCUCUCAGGAACCAGGGCGACGGCAACGCCACGAGCCAAUGCAACUGGACGUACACGGGCCACAAAAAGGGCGUUUUAUCGCUCACGUUCCUCGAGUCCCUCCGCCUGGCCGUGUCCACCGACAGCGUCGUUCACAUCUGGGACCCUUUCAUGGAGAAUGUGGUGUCCCAGUUGGACAAUAUAAAGUCGCCCGUGAGCAUCGUGAGGACGUUCCCGGGGCCCUCUAAUGUGAUCAUAGCCGCUACUACGGAUGCCACGCUCAAGGUCAUCGAUGCUAGAGCUUGUAAUUACACCAGCGAGUUGAAGUUACCGGCGACGGCCAGCACGUUCGUGCGCUGCCUGUGCGUGCACUCGUGCUGGGUGGCGUGCGGGCUCGCGUCCGGGCACGUGGUGGUGCUGGACGCGCGCGCCGGCACGCCCAGGGCACACUGGCGUGCUCACGACGGGGAGGUAUUACGACUGGCGGCCGUUGACAGCAACAGACUACUGACGUCGGGCCUGGAUCAGGUCACCGCGCUGUGGAAGGUGGACGACGGAGAGCUCAUCGCGCACCUCAAAGGGACCACGGAACCCGUCCACUGCCUAUCCGUGUUCUACAACGAGCUGGUCUCCGGCACCACCAACAACCGCAUCGGCGUGCACACGUCGCUCGCCCAGGACGCCAGCUUCUCCAGCACCAAGCUGCGCUCCGACACCUUCCGAGGUGUUCUUACUUGUAUGUCAGUACUCCCACUUAAUAGGCUGCUUUUGUUAGGAAGUGAUAAUGGUACCAUAAGUCUGCUGUGCUGAUAAAUCUUUUUGUUGAUAUUUUCUUUAGUAUUUAACUUUUACAAGUUCCUCGACCGGGUCUAUUGUUAACCAUAAAGUUUUAAGUCAUAAGUAAAAAGCGCUGGUGGCCUAGCGGUAAGAGCGUGCGACUUGCAAUCCGGAGGUCGCGGGUUCAAACCCCGGCUCGUACCAAUGAGUUUUUCGGAACUUAAAUACGAAAUAUCAUUUGAUAUUUACCGGUCGCUUUUCGGUGAAGGAAAACAUCGUGAGGAAACCGGACUAAUUCUAACAAGGCCUAGUUUACCCUCUGGGUUGAAAGGUCAAAUGGCAGUCGCUUUCGUAAAAAUUAGUGCCUACGCCAAAUCUUGGGAUUAGUUGUCAAGCGGACCCCAGGCUCCCAUGAGCCGUGGAAAAAUGCCGGGACAACGCGAGGAAGAAGAAGAAGAAAGUUUUAAGUCAUAAUGUAUUGUUUGUCCGCAUUCUCGUUAGUCUUUUUUUUUCUCAGAAACGCGUAACUUUUACCUUAAACCUAACCUAGCCUAAAUUAUCUAUAGGAUGACCUCACGAAAAUCCUGAGAAUUUACCGUUUUCAGAAUUAUGACUAAUGAUAGUCUGCCAAUCAUUACAUUAUGUAUGACUUUCAAUAAUUAUGUCAAACAAAGGGAUCCUUAAUUUUUUGUCGAUACUGUCACUUAAUAGAUUGUUUCUGUUGGGCAGAGACAGUUGGACAGUUGCUUGAACGCAUUUAACAAUUAUUGAGGCACUAUGCAUAUUCGAACGCAUUUCUCAAUAGUAGGGUUUUUCCACAUGCGUUUUUUGUUACAUGCGUACAUGAACAUUACAAGGUGAAUUUGUUCUACUGGGGAUAAAUGCAUUUGAGGCGUCGUUAUAUAGAGGAAUCUGGAAUAUGAGACAAGUAGAUGGAGACGAUCAAAGAGAUUUUGAAAUAGAGGUUACUGUCAACUUUCGACACAUGGUUAAAACUUUUAGAACGCUAUUUUACUUUAAUCCUUAAAGGGACCGUGCGCGUUGGAGGGUCUGCCAUCUUGUGGCCUGAAUCGGAACCAUAAACAUGCACAUGUACACGUCACGUGAUUUCUUGUGCAUAGUAGGUUCUGCCAUCUUGUGGGCUACAUCGGAACAAUAAACAUCACAUUUACGCCUCGCGCCAAAAAUCUGACGGCUCCUGUGCUGCCUCCUACAGUUCAUGCACGCUCCCUAUUCUUUCACUGUUAUGUGGUUAAUUUGUUAAAUAUCAAAAAGUGGCGCCAUCUUACCGGCCACUACCUAAAGGUUAUGGCGCCAUCGCUCCAAACAAUGUCACCAUACUUUUAGCCUUUGAUCUAUUAGAUGGCGCCACUUUUUGAUAUUUGACACAUAUCAGUCAACGAAUAAGGAUCAAAGUCAAAUGGCGUUCUAAAAGUUUUAAUCAUGUGUCGAAAGAUGGCAUUAAAUUACUGUAGCUAUACAGUUUUCUAUUUUAUAUAAGGGUGGAUCAACUUUUUUUUGUUAUUCUGUCCCGCCAGCCAGGCGACAAUAGUAUUACGGAUAGGGCUUCUAACUGCCAUAAAGUUGUAUGUUACAUUUUAUUGAAUAUCAUAAAAGCAGGGUUUUAAGACUAACACGAGAUACCCUAACGAUGGCAACAAGUGACAAGAAAACGAUAAUUCACCUAUAAAAGUUAAAUAAAGAGUUUAUCGAAGUAUAAAUAAUACUCCCUUACGUUUUAGCGGAUUAAUGCGAUGUGUUUGAAGUAAUAAAUGCAGAGCUUUAAUGUAAAUUACAAUAGUUAUAUUUAUAUGGAAACUUCGAUGUAUUAACGGUGUACAGUCGAGUAAAUAUCAAACCUGGAAAAUGUUGCAAAUCGCCGGAAUACCUGAUACCAUACAUUAGUAUAUGUUAUUAUCUGAUACUAUAUUUCGUGUUUUUUGCGUUAGAAAAAAAGUAAACAAUCUUUGCGUGUAUUUUCAUUGAAAUUUAUUGAAAAACGCAUUUAAAAAUUAGUUUAUAUUACUUAUGAAAGCAAAAGAAUGUGACGCCUCUGGAGUUGCAGGCGUCCAUAGGCUGCGGUGACUGCUUACCAUCAGGCGGACCGUAUGUUUGUUUGCUACCGUCGUGGUAUAAAAAAAUGUAAGUAAUCAUGUAUGAUUUAUAAUUGUUACAUAUUUGCUAUGACUUACCUAUUUUUCAAAAGUUAAACACGUCAACAUCGUUUACCUUCUCUAUAAUGAAUUAUAAUUUAAAUAAUACGCAAAAUAGUGAUACACAUGAUCUUGUGAAAGGUAAAAGUUGAAUGAGCAGUUUUGUGAAGAGAUUUGUAAAAUGUUAAUUUUUUAUCGCGUAAUUGAUCUCAAAAUCUUGAAAAGAAGAAUGAUUAAAAACAUUCAUUUAUAGUACACAUUGAUAAUUAAAUAAUUAUUUUUAGUUAAAUAUAGUAGUAUAUAUAAUGUACACAUUUACAUUUACUGUGUAAUAUAGUUUUAGUGGUAUUCCCUUAACGCAACGCAACGCCAACGCAACAUCGGCAACGCGCAUGU